AUGGAAGAGCCUGAAGUUGAAGAUGAUACCAAGUCAAACGAAGAUGAAGUUGAUGUAAUAGAUAAAGAGGUUUGGGAACACGAGCUGGAUGAUGAGGAGUUUUCUAUGAAAAGGGCAAGAGCAAGUAUUCAAGGUAUACAGAAGAAAGACAUGUUUUUGAACAAACUUUGCCCAAAUGAUGAAGAGGAAGAAGAUCCUACUGUUGAGCAACUACCUCCUGUAUACCCUGUGCAUAAUUCUGAGCAAGAAUGGGAUCAAAUGGCUCCUGUGUUAGGUAUGAAAUUCACAAAUCCUAGUGAACUCAAACAUUGUCUUACCAACUAUGCUGUUAAGCAUGGUUAUGAUUUGUGGCUUAGUGACUUACAAGUGGGUAGGGAAACAAUUUUUCAAUGUACUUAUAGAAACCCCAAGCUUACUUUGAGGAAGAUGAAAGAUCAAAUCUCAAACACAUACAACAUCAUAGUUAGCAUUGGACAAUGUAGAAAUGCAAAAAAGUUUGCUUUGUCUGAGAUUGAAGUCACUCUGAAAGAGCAUUAUAGUAGGUUGUGGGACUAUGGCACUGAAAUCAAAAGAGCUAAUCCAGGAUCAACUGUAAGCAUGGAAGUGGACAAUAUGCCUGAUGGAAGUACAAUGUUCAAACGGUUUUAUGUAUGCUUCAGAGGUGUAAGAGAUGGUUGGGUAGAGGGGUGUAGAAGAGUCAUUGGGAUUGAUGGAUGGUUUCUCAAAGGAAUUUGCAAGGGUGAACUCUUAGCUGCAGUGGGUAGGGAUUCCAAUAAUCACAUGUUCCCUAUAGGUUGGGCUGUUGUAACUGUUGAGAACAAAGAAACAUGGAAAUGGUUCCUUGAUCUACUGAUGGAUGAUAUUGAAAGAGGCAAUGGAAAUGGACUUACUAUUCUCUCUGAUGGACACAAGGGUUUAAUUGAAGCUAUCAAGGAAAGGGUUCCUCAUGCUGAGCACAGAUUAUGUGCUAGGCACAUACUAGCCAACUUCAACACAAGGUUCAAAGGGAACAUUUCUAGUUCUUUAGGAAAUCUUUCAUUAUUGAUUGAACUUGACAUGGGCUUAAAUGAAUUCAAUGGAAGCAUGCCAUCAAGUUUGGGCAACUGCAAGAGGUUGAUAAAGUUAGGCAUAGAUCGAAAUAACAUUACUGGAGAAAUACCCAGGAAAUUAUUUGAACUCUCAACGCUAUCCAUUAGCUUGAAUUUGGGUGGUAAUCAAUUAUCGGGAGAACUUCCACAAGAGGUUGGCAACCUUAAGAACUUAAACAAAAUUAUUCUGGAAAAUAAUCGAUUGUUAGGAGAUCUUCCUACCACCAUUAGCAGCUGUAGCAGCCUUGUGAAUCUCGACAUAAGCAAUAACUUGUUUCAGGGAACUCUUCCAUCGUCGUUGAGAUCUUUGCGGGCCAUUCAAACUUUUGAUGCCUCGCAAAACAACUUUACAGCGAAGAUCCCAACUUAA